UUUAAGGGGGAAAAAUUCAAAAAGGCCGAGGCGGUCGGAAUUGGACAGAGAGGUCGUCCGGUUUGUGCCCUCGGUUUCUCUCGACAGGCGCGAGAGGGAGCGAUGCCGCCAUUGGAGGAUCUUCUUCGAGCGAUGAAGCCUCCGCGGAUUCCCAAGCUUCCCGCCAAGGCCAAGGCCUCGCUUCUACUGCUCACCGCCACUGGCCUCACCUUCCAAGCAGCUUCCGCCUCCGACCUUCUCUCGUUCGCUCGCCAUCCUUCCCUCGCCUCUCCUCCUUCGAAUUUCGACAGCGAGGUCGGGGCAUUGAUCGAUGGCGUCGUGCGCUCCUCUCGUGCCGUCUCCACGAUCGCGAUCACUGUUGUGGACUACGAGCUCUCCUUGCGCGGGCUUUCGCGGGACUCCGAGGAUUAUUUUCGCAAAUUAUCUGAGGUACAUUCACGGUCAGCUAAGAGAAUUUUGAGGUUAUGCGAAGCCAACAAAGGCUUCUACGUCAAAGCUGGUCAAUUUGUUGCAGCCAUUAGGCAGGUUCCUGAGGAAUAUAUAUCAAAGCUUUCCUCAUUACAGGAUAAGGCAGUCCCUUGUUCUUUCAAGGCAAUAAGAGAUGUACUAAUCAACAACUUUGGACAAGAUUUAUCAUGCAAAUUCUGUUCAUUUGAUGAAGUGCCAAUAGCUGCUGCAUCUAUAGCUCAGGUUCAUCAUGCAGUGCUAAAAGACAGUCAUGAAGUAGCAGUUAAGGUACAAUACCCAGGGUUAGACCGCCAGAUGAAACUAGACACGAUGAUCAUGUCUUUCCUCUCAAAGUCCAUCACGUGGCUCUUUCCAGAGUACCGAUUUGAUUGGCUGGUAGGAGAAUUUGUCAAAGCUAUCUCCUUAGAACUUGAUUUUAUCCAGGAGGGAAAAAAUGCAGAGAGAACUGCCAAGAACUUUAUCUCCAAUGACAAGGUCAAGGUCCCUAAAGUAGUGUGGGAGUUGACAACAAGCCAGGUUCUGACGAUGGAAUUUUGCAGGGGAAACAAGGUCGAUGAUUCAGAAUAUCUGGCAAAGAUGGGAAUAGAUCCAACAAAGGUUGCAAGAGCGCUGGUGGAAGUCUUUGCUGAAAUGAUAUUUGUUCAUGGGUUCGUGCAUGGAGAUCCUCACCCUGGUAAUAUAUUAGUUUCUCCAGAGGGCAAAUCUGGAUUUUGUUUAGUUAUUCUUGAUCAUGGGAUUUACAAACAACUGGAUGAGCAAUUUAGAAUGGACUAUUGUGAGCUCUGGAAAGCUCUGAUUUUUUCCGAUUCGGCUAGAGUACAGCAGCUUAGUGAACGGUUUGGUGUUGGCAAGUAUUCUAGAUAUUUCCCCCUCAUUUUAACUGGAAGAACCAUCGACAGUAAAUCAGCUCUUGGGGAGGCUAUGUCAGUUGAGGAGAAAAGGAAGUUAAAGAAAGAUCUCAAAUCCUUACGAAUGGAGGAUGUGUCAUCAUUUAUGGAAGCUCUGCCUUCCGACUUCCUAAUAGUCAUCCGUGCAGAUGGGCUACUAAGGGCCACCAUUCGCAAGUUACGUGCUUCUCAACGAGUGAGGCUGUUAACUUAUGCAAGAUUCGCACUAUAUGGUCUUUUCCAAGAGCGAACUACUCAGUCUGGUUCUGCGGCUGCAGGAUUCUUCUCCAAACUCAGGAGAAGCCUGAAUUACCUUCAAUUGAGAGCUGCCCUUGGAGUGCUGGAGUUACUUUCCUGGAUGGAAAGGACAAGGCGGUUGCUAUUUGAGAUUGUAAACCUUCUGUACGUGACCGCAGGGCAGUUUGUUAGAGGACUCUAUUUAACUUCCUGAUUGUAGAUCUUGUUGCAUUAGUCAGCUUAAAAUUU